AUGGUUGUAGAAUACGUCUUGUAUUACCGUGAAGAACAUAAGAUCUGGGUCGAGAUUACAGUGAUAUCCAAACCUCUAGAAGAUCACAUCUACACACUCAGUGGACUGGAAUGUGGCACCAGGUAUCAGCUAUAUAUGGUAUCCACUAACAGUGUCGGUAGGAGCGAGCCUAGUGAGAUUUUAACGGCACGGACAGAUGGCGCUGCCCCCUUGUCUCCAUCAAAAGAAGAUUUUAUACAGCGUGACGUCACUUUUGUUAAGCUUAAUUUGUUGUCUUGGCAAAGUGGUGGCUGUCCAAUCAAAGAAUAUUCCGUAAAGCUCCGGAGAAAACCGAUGUCUCAUUGGACAGUACUCAAAGAUCACGUGCCUUCUAGCCAAUCACAAUACGUGUUACAACGUCUCACGCCAGGAAGUUGGUACGAUCUUCAAGUGACCGCUUACAGCAGUGCAGGAGCUACAGAAGCUAUGUAUGAAUUUCAAACUUUCAACGUUACAUUUGAAGAGGAAACUGUUCCCGACUUCUACACGGUCGUACCCACGCCUGCGCAGGUGGAAUCUCAUUUUCCCUUUCUCUUGGACAUCACAAUCAUCGUGCCUAUCGUUACAUCUGCUGUCAUUGUCAUCAUCAUCAUCAUUGUUGGCUGUGUCUUAUGUCGGCGUCGUAAUUCUCAUUACAGUCCCAGUAGUGAUGGUUCUGGAAGUUCCCAUUCUAAGAUUAGACGAGGAAUUGAAACGAUGGCAAUGAAAGAUAUGGAUGGUUCUAACGAGCAUGGUUGCAUGACUGGAGGAGUAUCAAGUGAUGAGGGCACUCAAAGAUCAUCAUCUUCAAACAGCCAUUCACGUCCUGUUUCAUCUGCACUGGUUGCUGGUGGUGGGCUGCCCCACGACCAGGAACUGCACCCCUAUGCCUUGCCCUAUGAUACCAUAGCUGUUCCAGAUUACCACGUUAGUCAGCCCAGCACCUCUAACCCUCGCACUUUAAACCGACGGUGUGGAGACACGAGGGGAGACAACGUAUAUGUAAGCAGGCAGUGCCGUCCUGAUCGACCCUAUGAGGCCUUGAAGCCUGGUGUCCUUCCGCCAUCAACAUCAAGACCAUUUGUCUGCGGAAGAAUACACGAAGAAUCCGACUGGCCAUCAUUCACAUAAAUUCGUUCCAUAAAUAUUUGUUGAUUUAUUUUAUUUUUUAUGUAUUUAUCAAAUAUAGCUUUAUUAGAUAUCGACAUCGUGCGUAGUUCACUUGAUUCAUAAAAGUUUAAUCCCUUUAAAAAAAAGUGUAAAGUAUCACUGGCAUUUAAAUAGUUGAAGUCAAAUGGCCCAUCAUGAUUGGCUAAAUAAUGAAAGCUAGGGCACAAGGAUAACAUAACUGUUAAAACUACUCUUUUAUACUACGGCUCCACCUGGUGAAACUCACCGAAAGUGGCAACGUUUUCUAGACCUGUUACGAAAAAAAAAGUCCAAAGUAAAAUACACAAUCACAAAAGAAAUAUUAUAAUCUCCACACAUUGUAACGUAAAACAUAUAUAUAUAUAUAAUCUGUUUACAAGCCACACAAGCUUCGUCCCUAUUUACUAAAUAUUCGAUGGUUUUCUCCGUGUAAAGAGACCCUACAAGAGAGUAAGGAUUACUCAUGAGCAGACAUUUUCUAUUUGAAGAUAUACUACAUAUUGAUUUACAUAUAAAAGCAAACACACUCGUUGACCAAAGCUGCGAAACUACCGGACAGUUGUACAAUCUCGAUUGUGAAUUAACGGUUUAGAAGGAUGGGAGAAAGGGGAAGAAUAAAAAUCGGUGAGAAGAAAUGUCUCUCUAAUACUCCCCCCUCCCCUCCCAUAGCACUGGCUCUUAAUGGCAACGAAUAAAAUUAACACCAGUGGUUCCAUCUAGCAAAGCAGGGUACUAGCGAUUUUCUUGUUUUGUUUACUUUUUUUUAAAAAAACAAACAAUAAAAAACAAUUUGUUACAGGCACUUGAUGGCGGUGUAGUCGCAUUAAAAGUGUUUAAUGUGGAUAACUGUUUGGUUUUCAAAGUGUUCUGUUUGCGAUUAAUAAAAAUAUUGUAUUA